UGUCAUCUGGCUAUAAUCAGAUUGUCAUUACUCCGAUUAAAUUUCCGGAGCAAACACAACCGUAUUCAAAUUUCCAUUUGAAUCGCCAUGAGCACAUGGAAAUUAGAUGAGUGUCGGGCCAUUGGCCUGUUAAAAUUGGAGGAUGAGAGCGAAGUGCUGACCAGCGGUAAUGAGCCCAGCGGCAGGGAGGAGAUGACCGAUGCCUACGAGGAGCUGGAGGAGAUGAAGCAGCGUCUGAUCCUCCUGCGCCACAAGAUCCUAGGAUCCCAGCCGGAGAAGUGCCAGGAUAUGGGCGACCACAAGGACUCGACCGGCAGGACCCGCGAGAGCCUGCAGCUCGAGGAGCUGCGCCGCCAGAAGUGCGUGCUCAAGUGUCGCCUAAAGGAGGCCACCGAACACCUGGAGGACACGAGCAGGGAAAUCGAGGAACUCGAGAACUGGCGCUGCCUGCUCCAAUCGCGUAUCCUCCAGAUGAAACGGAAACUUGCCCAGUUCGAGGAGUUCAAGCCCCGGGUCAUCCACCAAUUCGGGCUGUGCAUCGAGCGUUGGGAGCAACAGAGGAUAAUUAAAAUUGAUUGCGCCACCUAUCGGGAGAAGGUGCACGCCCAGAUUGUCCAUGCGGACAACUCCCGGAAGUGUGUGGUGCCCAUGAACUGCCACAAGCAUAACAGGCAGUACAUCCGUGUCCAGCUGCUCCUGCUGCGCGUCUUCCUCCACAAUCUCCUCGAUGCGAUGGUCAGCGACUUCCAAUACUUCUGCCGCGAGAUGAGCAUCACUUUCACCCGUGGAAUUGUUGACAACCCAUCCCCCAAAAUUGCAGAAACUCCGACCAACUCGAUUGCUUCUUUAGACGUGGAAGAGCGCGAAUAAAUUGGGGUUCCGUUUAGCCAAGUU